AGCAGACUUCUGUAGCUAGUUUGCAGUAAUAUAUCGGGAGUGAUUGUGUCUCUUAAAGCGAGUGCGACGUAUCUUGUGAUAUAAAGCUUUUUCAUAUUAAAGUGCAGUUUGUAUUAAAAGUGAAAAAAAAUCAAAUUUAGUUUUGAUCGCUGUACCAAUAAAAACAAACAAUGAGCAACAACGACGAGCAAAAGAAGAAUGAAGUUUCAGAAAAAGAUGAGUCCGCGGAAGUGUCCUCCACUUCCCCGGAUUCUCCAGUAGCAGAGGAUUCGGAAGAAUCCAAAGAUACUGAAAAAGCUGAAUCAUGUUCGUCACCCGAUCAAGUUCCGGAUCCUACCGUUAACGGCAAAAAAAUGAAUGACUCAUUGAUCGAUAAAAAUGACGAACCGUCACAGUCGCAACUAAACAGAGAAUCUGACCCAAGCAUGACCAACUCUGGACCUGGUGAAAUUACUAAGCCUUUUAUAAUAGAGAUCUCAGACGAUGAAAGCGAUACUUCGCCGGAAUCUUCACCGGAAUCUUCACCGGAACCUUCGCCAAUAUCAGAUGGACCUCAGCUUUUUCAAUAAAGCAAUUCAUUGUAUGAAAAAAUAUAUUAAGAAGUCGAAAAAAGAGAAGUAAUUUUCUUGGAGAGAUUUCCCUGAUACGGUCCUAAUGAAACAGAUCAUCAGACUUUUCAUAAUGCUUGAUAUAGCAUUAAUUAUGAUUAAUUAUUUAUAGUUUAGGUGCAAUUUUAGUUAUCUUUAUGUCUGCC